GUGAGCACUGUCCAACUCAGUGUGUCUGCUCUGGGUUCUGUUGUGUAUUUAAUUGCAUAAAGAUAAAGAAGAUGCUGCCUGCCAAGUUAACCAAGAUGAGUACCAGCCCGACAACUCGGGUGCCGCAUCCCCCAGUGAGGUUUUUUCUCAGCGGCCAUUCCCACUUAGUGAGGGAGACGGUGUUGGACUCUCCCCUGAAUGAUCACCAACGGACCCGCCAACCACUGCUGACAACCCG